CAGCUCAUCUUGUCAGUGUCCCUCUGAACACCAGGCCGGCCGGAGGUACACUCUCUCGCUCGCUCCAGCCCCCCUCCACUGUGGUCAUUAGCCUCUGAUAGUUUACUGUGCCACCCAACCCUUCGCUGUGUAACACCCACCUAUUGGCCUAACCCCCGUAUUCUCUCCACCCCCCUCCCCUCUCCCCGUAGUGGGACACCCACCUACACCCACUGUAGUGGGGCUCCCACCUACAUUCACUGUAGUGGAGCACCCACAUACAACCUCGGUGUGUGUGAAACCCACUUACACAAUCGUUGAGUAUUUGCCCACCACCAAACCCCCGUAACUGUGGCAAUAACCCUUCACCCCCGUAGCGAGGCACUCACCUGCACCCCCGUAGCGAAGGCACCCACCUGCUACACCAUCUCUGGAUAACUGUCCGGCUACAUCCCGCUCUUCAAGGUACCGUGUGACAGGUUCCUAGGGGAGACCAUCUCUUGGAUCAUCACUCUCGCUAUCACGCCCAUCUCCUGCUCCAUCGUGCCCUGGUUCUGCUGUCCCUUCCAGGUCGCCAACACCAGCAUCACCAUCACCGCCGACCUCAGCUGUAACGAUCCUGGUGCCGUCUACGGCGCUGUAGCCUUCUGGACCAUGCAGGCCACGUCCGUGGUGGGCCUGGUGCUGGCCCUGGCCAGCCUGGCCAACUGCGCCGCUGCCACCAUAGGCAUGAAUGUAUCACAGUCGACCUCGCUACAGUCCUUCAUGGUUCCCUUGAACGUGGAGUUGCCUAAUCUGGGGGUGAAGCUCUCAGACUUCGAGUCGUGGCUGCAGAAGGACGAGGAUGCCAACCUGCAGUUGGUCAAGAAGAAGGUGAUUGACGUCCUGAAGGAGAAGUACCGUCUGGAGCUCCUCAAGGAGAGGUUUAAGGCCAAGACUGAAGAGGAGGAGGGGGAGGAGUGGGCUGAGUCGACGACGACGACGACGGUGGAGGAGGCCACGGAGCAAGGAGAAGUGGGGCUGCUGGAGGAGGUGUUGGCUGAGAACGGGACAGUGGACACAGAGGCCCAUUCUAGGGUCAAGAGACAGGUCAUCAAUGUCCGCAUACCAACCUUACUCGGCCAUGUUCCAGGUGGGGACGACCAGGUGGUGGACGCGUGUGAGAGGAACGAGGUCCUGGUCGAUGAGGACGGCGAGUGUCACGACCUGCUCACCCAGGGCCCCUGCGACGACAACCACAUCGUCCUCAUGAACCCCGCCACCAGGAAGGGCUUCUGCGCCCCCCAGCUCUGUCCUCCGGACCGUGUCUUCCUCUUCAGCGACCAGCUCUGUCACGACCCUCGCGAAUACGGCUUGUGUCCUCCGGGUCGCCAGCUCUUCAGCACCGGCUACGGGACCCCGGUGUGUGGCUGCCCCGACGGCACCUACGAGGAGGAUGACGACCUUGAUGACGAUGUCUGUGAGCCCAUCCUCGGUCACAUCUCUGACUGCCCCGCAGGACAGGUCUUCUGGUUCAGCGACUUCCGUCGCCCCCCGGAGUGCCGCCCUGACCCCUGCAAGGGACUCAACCUGAAGCGGGGCCCCGAGGACCUGCCUUACGUCCCCGCCCUGGUUGAUAACAAGUGCUACAAGGUUGGCACGCAACCGCCCAUUUGCUCGUCAGACCAAUACUACUCUCUCUCGCUGGAGCUCCUUCGGGGCGUCUGUUCCUCGCUGGAAGAUGCCGGCUACCUGGUGCUGGACUCCGAUGAAAUGGACACCAUCACCAAGCAUUACGGUGACGUUGUUUCCAGGAAAGAUAGCGAUGCUUCCUCCUCCUCCAAGCCGUCCAAAUCCUCCAAGACCAAGAUCACCCCAGCGGGGACGACCCUGCUGCGGCGACCAGUGAUCGGGGCGCCAGUGGUGUGGACCCAGGACAGCGACGACGACCCGCCGCCGCUGAACGUGGGCCAGGCGGUGGUGUUGAGCAGCAAACUUCACCCAGCGAACAAUGAAGUGGAGGACGACGGCCACAUGAUGACCCUCUACCCCACCCACAUGAGUGCCUUCUCUCCGCCCCUCAUCACCGUCAACGGCUCCAUCACCUUCCUCGGCUUAAUGGCGGGGCCGGCGCCCCGCCACCACCGCCAGCGACGCGCGCCUCUGCCCUUCGCCUCCCCCGGCAGCGUGGUGGAGCCCGGACUCUCCGCCUGUCGCGCCGGAGCCAGGAGAGACGGCAACGCCAAGUGUCGCAACACGAUCCUGCCCAGUCGCUUCCCUCCUUCAAGACCCCGUCGAGACGCGCCCCCUGUGGGUCCCACCUCCUCCUGCCCCUCCGGAGCGUUUGACCUGAGCCGUCGGUGCUCGUCCAACAAGGGGGGCAUCGCCUCCUCCAUCAACGCCCUGGGUCUUGGUUAGUGACCCCCCGUCCUGCGUGGUGCGCGGCAGGCUCGGCUCACCGGGAUGGGCCGUUCCUCUCGAUCUGAAGGCGACACUAGCGAGGCGACACAGUAUGGGACGACCUCCACGACAGCUCCUGGUCGUCCACACGCUGCAGUUUCAACCGUUGACGUGUGGUGGUGUUCGUGUGCCAUGUUGACUUCGGAUUUCUAUUUUGGCCUGUUUGAGAGGUCGCUUUAAGAGUCGAUCUUAGCUGAGUCUGCCUCACAUCUUAGCUGUAGUGUAGAUAUAGUAUUACUGUGUGUGUGUGUGUGUUUGUGUGUGUGUGUGUGUGUGUGUGUGUGUGUGUGUGUGUGUGUGUGUGUGUGUGUGUGUGUGUGUGUGUGUGUGUGCGUGCGUGCAAACUGGUAAAUUGUGCGUGUUGUGAUAUAGCAUUUAGGCAUUGGAAAGGGCCUCUCCUGCCCCCUGGGAUGUGUCGGGAUAUGGGGUUAUGACCUACAACACGGAGAGCAGAAAAUGUGUUAAAAAGCAAGUUUAAGGACGUACAAGAAACAUUAGGACGCAAGUUUAAGGACGUACAAGAGGAAUUAAGACGCUAGUAUCAGGACAUAUAAGGAACAUUGAGUCAUCAGUGUCAGGACAUUUUCAAUUGUCGCCUAACUUAGAGGUCAAAGUUGACUAGGACGGUAAAUGACACUUGUGUCAAGAUCGGACACAUGAAGGAUUACAAAUGAAUAUAAUCAGCUAGACAUGGGUAGAUGGCAGACAGUAAAUCCAUAGACAAAAAUAUAUGAUAAAUGAGAAUAUUUUCCGAUCACAACUACACAAAUUUACUGAAGACUCACACUUAUUCUUCGAUAUUCUUCUAUUCUAUUCUAUUCUUCCUAGUAGCUAGAUUCUCUCAUGGAAAUUAACGAGUUACUGAAUAAGAGGACACUGGCUUUAACUGCAAUGUAUCACACAUUUAGAAGUUACUUCACCAGUCUGCACAAGCCACACUAAAUUCUAUGUCUUGGAUAAUACACACUGCCUUCUUGUAGGCCACUAAUACUAACACAAUAUUAAGUCUUUCCUCCUCAAAAGUACGAGAUACUCUGAGUGAACACAUAAGCGCUUGAUUCUUUUCCCUCCCCCCAAAAAAAGUCACCCCCAUAAGCCCUGUCCCAAGAAGACGUGGCCCACCUGUCACGGACUAGCCAAUCCCAGUACACUGUUUGACAGAAAUUAAUGAUUGCCCAGCCCAGCGUUUCUUGAAAAUUGGUCAACCUUGCAACCAGUGUCCUACGACCACCUUAGUGACCAUGGGACCUGGUGCUAGUGAGUUAGUAUGAUGCUGCUAGUAGCAAUGAUGCAACGUAAACUAUUUACAAGUUAGAGAAGCUAUUCGGAUGUCAUUAGAAUUAUUAGGAUGCCAGAGAGACCAUUAGGACGGUAGACAAUUAUAAAUUCUGAGUCCCUAUUAUGAUAGCACAGAAACAACUAGGACAUUACACCCGCUAAAGACUUAAAAUACCCGUUAUUAUAUUAGAACAAGAAAUAGAAUUUUGAGGCUAGAUAUGCUACUAGUAUUUAAGAGGUCAUUAAUCACUCGAGAGAGACUAUUAGGAUGGAAGAGAGACACCGGUAGAGAAAGAGACUAGUAGAGAGAGACUGGUAGAAUGUUAAAUUGAUUAUCGGGACAUUUUGAAGAUCUCUCAGGAUACCGAGACAGGAGUUUUAAGAAUAAGAUGAAAGUAAAGAAACUAUUGAAGUUGUUAAAGAGGGCAUUAUAGCGUUAGAAGAACUGAUCUGGCGUACGAGGAGAGUUCUUGAGACGUUUGUGAUGGACCAGUACCGGCCGGAGACGCUUGUGGUGGACCAGUACCGGCCAGAGACGUUUGUGAUGGACCAGUACCGGCCAGAGACGUUUGUGAUGGACCAGUACCGGCCGGAGACGCUUGUGGUGGACCAGUACCGGCCAGAGACGUUUGUGAUGGACCAGUACCGGCCAGAGACGCUUGUGGUGGACCAGUACCAGCCGGAGACGCUUGUGGUGGACCAGUACCGGCCAGAGACGCUUGUGAUGGACCAGUACCGGCCAGAGACGCUUGUGGUGGACCAGUACCGGCCAGAGACGCUUGUGGUGGACCAGUACCAGCCAGAGACGCUUGUGGUGGACCAGUACCGGCCAGAGACGCUUGUGGUGGACCAGUACCGGCCAGAGACGCUUGUGGUGGACCAGUACCAGCCAGAGACGCUUGUGGUGGACCAGUACCGGCCAGAGACGCUUGUGGUGGACCAGUACCGGCCAGAGACGCUUGUGGUGGACCAGUACCAGCCAGAGACGCUUGUGGUGGACCAGUACCGGCCAGAGACGCUUGUGGUGGACCAGUACCGGCCAGAGACGCUUGUGGUGGACCAGUACCAGCCAGAGACGCUUGUGGUGGACCAGUACCGGCCAGAGACGCUUGUGGUGGACCAGUACCGGCCAGAGACGCUUGUGGUGGACCAGUACCGGCCAGAGACGCUUGUGGUGGACCAGUACCGGCCGGAUUGUCCGGUUUGUCUUCCUUACUUCGCUCGAAGACUGUCCCAGGUGGGCUUCGGGACUCCCCCACGACGACUAAGCAGUUGUGUGAAUAUCUAAUGAUUUGCCAGAAGUAUCCAGGAACUUCGGCGGGGUUCGAGAGGGUUGUAAAUAGUUUGAGAGAUUUUAGAGAAUUUCAAGAUGGCUUCCAGAGAGAGAGGAAGGAAUUUCCCGAGUAAAAAAAAGGGCUUUGAGGAUGUGUAAGGUGUUUUCAAAAACUUUUAAAAGAGGUUUCCAAGGAACGCUAAGGACUUACCUGGAUGUUGAUCAGUGUUGCUGGAAGUCCAGAGAGGGUCGAGGGAAUUCCAGGAACAUUCAGGAGUAUCCAGAAGUUGCCAGGUGGACAACGGACGUGACAUAGUGGUCACAGUGGUGACUACUGUGUCUUACAAGUCCGUUGACAACCAGCCCCAAAUUGGUUGUGCACAACUGACCACUGAGUAGUCGACAACUGCCUCACAACCAACUUGGGGACAGGGUUCGAUUCUAAGUAUUUGGUCACGUUAUAUCACGCUCGAUAAACAUUCACUCAUCAAUAAAUACAUACUAGGGAAUGUUCGGUCACAGGCCUACAGGAAUCUCGAUAAAUUUAACAGAUGUUGUGUCCCCCUGACCAAGUGAAACACUUGAGAGUUAUCCCACGAUAUCCAGACGCAUCCUGGGGGGCUCGGCCUAUAGCGGGAGGAGGUCACGCAUUAGGAAGAGUCACAGGGCAUUUGUUAUUAAAUUGUCAGUAGGACGCCGGAGUUCAGAGUUUGGACAGUGGGUAGGUGGUGAUGGAGGCAGGUUGGGUAGGUGGUGAUGGAGGCAGGUUGGGUAGGUGGUGAUGGAGGCAGGUUGGGUAGGUGGUGAUGGAAGGGGGUUAAGGGAAGUGGUGAUUAUGGGGGUGGUGAGAGUAUGAGACCUGAGAGGGGGAGUGGAGAUGUAGAGUCUGUAGCUUGAGGUGCAGGAUACGAGGACCGUCUUGCUCAGAACUUCAAAAGGAGUGGCACCAAGACUGCUCUGUCGCAAAUGUCAUGAACAGUGGAAUAAAUAUGUAUUGCCGGGGAGUUUUUUGUGUGGUGUGAGUUCACACCAUGGAUAUGUGUUGUGGUGUGAGCUGACACCAUGGAUAUGUGUUGUGGUGUGAGCUGACACCAUGGAUAUGUGUUGUGGUGUGAGCUGACACCAUGGAUAUGUGUUGUGGUGUCAGCUCACACCAUGGAUAUGUGUUGUGGUGUGAGCUGACACCAUGGAUAUGUGUUGUGUUGUGAGCUGACACUAUGGAUAUGUGUUGUGGUGUCAGAUCACACCAUGGAUAUGUGUUGUGGUGUGAGAUCACACCAUGGAUAUGUGUUGUGGUGUGAGCUGACACCAUGGAUAUGUGUUGUGGUGUCAGCUCACACCAUGGAUAUGUGUUGUGUUGGGAGCUGACACCAUGGAUAUGUGUUGUGGUGUCAGAUCACACCAUGGAGAGAUGUGGUUAAGACAGAAGUGUGACACACCAAGACAAUUACUGUAUACAGAAAUGCAUUUAUUCUUUUCCUUUUUUUAUAAUAAUUAGUGUAAGGAAAUGUUAA